AUUGCACAUACUUAAAAAGACAAAUGUAUAGUACAAUGCAAUGUAAAUUGCUUUGGAUAAAUGCGUCUGCCAAAUGCAUAAAUGUAAUUUUACAGUAAGGUUGACAUUUGCAUGGAAUUGGCCGUUUGGGUAAUGCUGAAGAACCUCACUGCAUCAAUGAGAAUCAGUUUACAUUGCUUUCCUAAGACUCAAAGGGGCGGUUUCCCGAACAAGGAUUAUUUUAAACCAGGACUAGGCCUUAGUUAAAUUAGGAUAUUUAAGAUGUGUUAAAAAACAUACUUUACAAAAAACAUUACUGGUGUGCAUCUUGAGACAAAACAAUCGCACUGAUAUAUUUUAAGAUAUGCCAGUGUAAAUUGUUUUUGUUUACAACGCCUCUAGUUAGUCUGGGACUAGGCUUAAACCCUGUCCUGGAAACCGCCCCUUAAUGUUUUGGAAAAAUGAACUAAUGUCUAGUUUGACAAUUCUCUCUCUCUCUCUCUCUAUAUAUAUGCAAUAAUAUUUGCAUCAUAUGAAUAAAAUAAUGUUGAUGUGGUGUCUCUGUGAUGUAAUUUAAUGGUGAUACGAAAAUUGAAUCCAAGAAACUGUAUUCCAUCAUUAUACAGUACCUUUUGACGUACAAAGAUGUAUGUAGGUGAUUCCUGCUGGUACAAAACAACCAACACACAGCUCAAACACAAAAGCGACAACAACCUAUGUUGAAUGGUUUCAUAAAUAGAAACUACAGUAGAUACAUCUCACUAUGCCAGCUAUCACAAAGUUUUUCGUUGGAAACCACAAAACAGAAGUGAUCCCCGUACAGAGAACUGAAAGCCCUGUGGUGCUGUGAAAACAGGUGAGUGAUGUUUGAAUUUUUGGCUCCUCAUGCAAGUGUAGUGUUCACAGACGUCUGCAAGCUGACAGCCAAACAGAGGAAAUAACCACCAACAGACACCAUUUCUGUCCACACACACUGAAAAACUGAACAGAUGAAUGUAAGAAAGAGCCCAUGUAGGUCAACACACUCCCACACAGCCAUCGAUGCUGUCUCCGGUUCCUGGCGCUCACGUGAUGUGUCUACAUCCGCUGUGUAUACUACAGAUGGGUCAGACUGAAGCCUGCAGUAGUUGUGGUUCACUCAAUGAAGCAUCAUGACAUCCAAUAAGAACUUUAAAGCACCACUGAAACAGCAGCUCAGCAUGGAGAGCUACAUGCUAGACGGCUCUCAGAAGAAGAAAAGCCAUCUGUGGCGACGACGCUCACUCAGCAAUUCUGUAAAAAAUUCAAACCAUGAUGAGACCAAAGGACGGACAUUAUCAAGGACAUGCAGUCAGCUGAGUAGAACACGUUCAACCUCUUUAGUGGAUUAUUCUGAUCCUCAGAGAACAGUGAUUGUAUUGGAGAAACAGGACAACGAAGCCUUUGGAUUUGAAGUUCAGACUUACGGUCUGAAGGGGAAGAACAGCAGUAUGGUGGAGAUGUGCACAUUUGUGUGCAACGUGCAGGAAGGCAGUGCAGCAGAAGCUGCAGGUCUGACCGCUGGUGAUAUUAUAUUGUCAGUAAAUGGAGUCAGUAUUGAGGGCGCCACCCAUCAGCACAUUAUUGAGUUGAUUAGAGAAUCCACCAAUGAGCUGAGGUUGGAGACCGUCAGUGGGAGCGUUAUGAAGAGAAUUGAAUUAGAGAAAAAGAUGUAUUACCUUAAGCAAACUCUUCGUGAGAAAUGGGUGGAACUGCAAUAUAUCACACGUCAGGAAAAACAACUAACACGAGGCAAUCGGAAUGAGAAUGCUCAGCACCCAUCUGCGGACUCUCUGAUGUCUCUUUUGUCUCCCACGGGCCUCUCUGACCAGCGCUUCUCCAGCGACAGCAGCUGCCGUAGCAUAGUGACAGAUGAUAGUGAGGAUGGAGCUUUUCUGCCAUCAGUAUUUGAUGACUCAAGUCCUUUCAGCCCCACAGUGUCAAAUGAUGGCUUCUUCCAGCUAGAUGGGGGUCCUUUGCGCCCACUGAGCCGAACACGCAGCAUUAGCCUGACAAGCAGUAACAGUUCACUCUCUCCAGGCUGGGAAAAUUCAUCAUCUGUGUUUGGGACCAUGCCACGGAGAGGCAGAAGAGGCAGCGUCCGUAAGCACCUGCUGAAGUUCAUACCUGGACUAAAUCACUCGCUGGAGGAAGAAGGGAACAGUUAAAAUCUAUACAACCAGUGGCUGCUGGUCUGACUGAAAUUAAAUGACCUGAUGUCUGGAUGUCAUGAUAAUUAUGGAGCUUCUUAGGUUGAGUAAAAUGAGUGGAGUAGCACAUAAGCAUUACAAACUGCAGGGUGAAGGUCUCUAUCUUUUCUUUAAAUUCUACUGGGAUCAAAUGCAUUAACCAUCCCUUCUCAGGAAGUCUGCAUGGUCAUCAAUAGCUCACAUUAAUAUUUAUAGCACAAACAAAGUGCACUGAGAGAAUAUUAUACUGUAUAUAUGCUCAUUGCUUUUGUUGCCCUAAACCAGUGGUUUAAAGUUCAGUCCUCCAGGAUUCUGAAUGUUAGUUCCCUUACAUGUCAGUGUUUGGACAUUUUGUGGAGGGAUAGAGCUAUGCAGGUUUGACAACAGUAUUGAUUUACAACCAACCAAAGCUUUUGACGUCAGCGCAUCAUGGAUAACUACAAAACCAUGGACGCACUUUUUGGAAACACGAGGAAUUAGUCAAACGAACUGGAAAGUCAGUUAAACUGUGCAUUAAAAUAUACAAAUAUAAAACAGAGGCACUAUGUGGUAUACAUCUUUUUCAUUCUUUUUAAGAUGUAACACAUCUGUAAAUGUUUUUCCUAAAAGGGAUAGUUCGCGAAAAAAUAUUUGAUCAUUUACUCACCCAUAAAUCAUACAGGUUUGAAAUGACAAGAGUAAAUGAUGACAGAAUUUUGGUCAACUAUCCCUUUCAACUUGAGAUUAGUCACGCUCAAGCCUUUAAAUCUUUGACUAUGAAAAAGAACGGCUGUAAAAGCAGCAGUAUGUGAUGUGGAAGGUACAUACUUAAGGUACAUAAGUUAAAACUUUGUUGUUAUAUGGGUGUAUGUGCUCUUUGGAUUAUCAACAUUUUAGAUAAUCAACAUCAACUUCCAUUAUAUGAACAUACACAUUUUUGUCAGAAGUCUGAUACAUCUGGAAUGGCAUAAAGAAUUUUCAUUUUUGUGUGAACUAUUCCUUUAAACCGAUGUUGUCAAAUACUGUUACUGUGUGAUCAGUCUGAGUGUGUCAAAACGUCAAACCACGGAGUUAUAGAAAAGAUCUUCAUAACAGGAUGUGGUCUGAUACAGGUGCUACCUUACAAACUAUUUUCACUUACUUGAGUGAUCUAUAUAACGGACAGUUUCACUUAAAACUGAAUGCAAAUACAUGUAUAGACAUUUUAACAUGUCAACAUUUUUUUGUGGAGGGCAUUUAUGUUUUUGUUUGUGCUAGGUAGAAAUAGAAAGAAAAAGUAGAUGGAGAGAUUUUCUCAGAAAACAGUCGUGAUUUGUGUUUCUGCAGUCACAGGACAUACAGGAUGUGUAUAUAAUUCUGACGCGUUUGAAAAUGAAUAUGUUAAUAUGAGGUUAAUCCAAUACUCAUAAUAGUGUAAUGGCAUUUGAAUAUGGUCUAGUUGGAACUAAACCAUUUUUGAAAGCAUACAAUAUAACACGUAGAAAGUUGCAGGGUUUGAGUUUUACAUAUUGCAUAACUCUGAGAAACUGUGCAUAUAAGAUAAAUAAAUGAAAGUGGGAAAAUAUGUAUGUUAUACUUUUUGA